ACACACACACACACACACACACACACCUGUCUCUGCUUGGCAAUCAGAGUGUGCUGCAUGUUUGGAGGAUCCUCAGGUUGUUCUGGAGGGUUUUACAUACAGAAAGAUGGGAUCACAAACAAAGAGCAGUCUGGAUCUGUUGGGGACAUGCUGGUUCCUGUCCUCCAUCCUGUUGGCUGCAGCUCUGGUGCUCCCCGCUCUGAGUCUGGACAGCCUGCUGUGUAACUUCUGUCCUCUGCAGCACAAAGGCAAGUCCUGUCCCGACAUCAGCAGCCAGUGUCUGCCUGAUCAGCGCUGCUCCAGCUCCAAAGGACACUUCGGCUCCCUCCACGUCCUCUCUGCUCAGGGAUGCGUGGACGCUGAACUCUGUGGCUCCCAUAAGAUGGACUUUUUUCGAGGGGUCAAGUACAACGUCAGUCACACCUGCUGCUGCAAGGACAAAUGUAACAGCCGGGCAAACACUGACACUAACCUGAAGAAGCUACUGGGGAUGCUCGCAGACAAACUACAUUACCCUAACAUCACCAGUGUUCUUAGAGAGGAGCCUUGGGAUUCAUGUGCAAAUUACACAUCUUCAAAAACCUUACUUACCAAUAAAACCUAAAAGUGUUUGUAUAAAGCUGGGGUGAGGCCUGUCAGCCAUAGGUGCAUACCCGAGUUUUCAAACGGUCACUAGCAUUUCAACAGAUGUUUGUGAUUACCAGUGUUUUACCUAAAUUACUUGGAAAAUGAGAGACAAAAUGCUUCAUUGUCAGUGUUUCAUGUACAUUUUUGCUCCAGAGAGAAAAGGGUGGACAGCUAUCCUCCUGGUAUACUCGAUAAACACAAUUUAUGUGGUAACUUGUGAAUUCAGCAAAAUAAAAGCACCAUGAUUAAA